GUCUGCCACCAGGUCUAGUGGAGGUCCAGGAGCAGCCGGACAGGCAGAAGCAGUGGCUGCCAUGGAUGAGGAUAAGUUCUCAUCUGCAGAGCCUGCGGAUGGGGGUGCUGUUCGGGACCCCAGCCCAGAGCCUGAAGAGGAUCCUUGGGUCCAGAAUGGGAUGAACAGCAGCCCAGGGCAUGAGAAAAGGGGUGCUAUGGUGGACACCGAGGAGCCCACGAAGGACCUGGAUGAGGCCCUCCAUGACCUCAGCCUUGGCCUCUCUCUCACCAAUGGCCUGUCCCUGAGACCAGACUCAAGCAUUCUGGAAGAGUCAACAGAGCCCAGACCCUGGAGGCCUGGUGGACUGGCAGAAGGGGACGAUGACUUCAGGAGCCUCUGUGCAGACAUGGAGGACCCUCAGCUGGGGUUGGCUGGUCCUGGGGAGCCCGAUGUGCGGGAUGGCUUCAGCGCCACAUUCGAGAAAAUUCUGGAGUCAGAGCUGCUGCGGGGCACCCAGUACAGCAGCCUCGACUCCCUGGAUGUGCUGAGCCUCACGGAUGAGAGCGACAGCUGCAUCAGCUUUGAGGCGCCCCUCACGCCCCUCAUCCAGCAGCGGGCCCGUGACAGCCCCGAGCCGGGGGCUGGGUUGGGCAUUGGGGACACAGGGCCUGAGGGGGAUAUCGGGGCAGCUGGUGGUGAUGGGGAGCUGGGCAGCCCCCUGCGGCACUCCAUCUCCAGCAGUCGCUCAGAGAACGUCCUGAGCCACCUGUCCCUCAUGGCUGUGCCCAACGGAUUCCAUGAAGAUGGAUCUCAGGGCCCAGGCGGGGACGAGGAUGAUGACGAGGAGGACACGGACAAGUUGCUGAACUCAGCCAGUGACCCCAGCCUGAAGGAUGGCCUGUCAGACUCAGACUCAGAGCUGAGCAGCUCGGAGGGGCUGGAACCUGGUAGCACAGACCCGCUGGCCAACGGGUGCCAGGGGGUCAGUGAGGCUGCUCGCCGGCUGGCACGCCGCCUCUACCACCUCGAGGGCUUCCAGCGCUGCGAUGUGGCCAGGCAGCUGGGCAAGAACAACGAGUUCAGCAGGCUGGUGGCCGGGGAGUACCUCAGUUUCUUUGACUUCUCGGGCCUGACUCUGGACCAAGCGCUCAGAAUGUUCCUGAAGGCCUUCCCGCUAAUGGGGGAGACGCAAGAGCGUGAGCGGGUCCUUACGCACUUCUCCCGUCGGUACUGCCAGUGCAACCCUGAUGACAGCACCUCGGAAGAUGGGAUCCACACGCUCACCUGUGCCCUGAUGCUUCUCAACACGGACCUGCACGGACAUAACAUUGGCAAGAAGAUGUCCUGCCAGCAAUUCAUCGCCAACUUGGACCAGUUGAAUGAUGGCCAAGACUUUGCCAAAGACCUGCUGAAGACCCUGUACAACUCCAUCAAGAACGAAAAGCUGGAAUGGGCCAUUGAUGAGGACGAGCUGAGGAAAUCCCUGUCUGAGUUGGUGGAUGACAAGUUUGGGACAGGCACGAAGAAGGUGACACGGAUCCUGGAUGGUGGCAACCCCUUCCUGGAUGUCCCGCAGGCUCUCAGUGCCACCACCUACAAGCAUGGCGUACUGACCCGGAAGACUCACGCUGACAUGGAUGGCAAGAGGACACCCCGUGGGAGGCGUGGCUGGAAGAAGUUCUAUGCGGUGCUCAAAGGGACCAUCCUGUACCUGCAGAAGGAUGAGUACAGGCCUGACAAGGCUCUGUCAGAGGGUGACUUGAAGAAUGCCAUCCGCAUACACCAUGCGCUGGCCACUAGGGCCUCUGACUACAGCAAGAAGUCCAACGUGCUCAAGUUGAAGACAGCCGACUGGAGGGUCUUCCUCUUCCAGGCACCGAGCAAGGAAGAAAUGCUGUCCUGGAUCCUGAGGAUCAACCUGGUGGCCGCCAUCUUCUCAGCCCCAGCCUUUCCGGCUGCUGUCAGCUCCAUGAAGAAGUUCUGUCGGCCCCUGCUGCCCUCUUGCACUACUCGCCUCUGCCAGGAGGAGCAGCUGCGGUCUCAUGAGAACAAGCUGAGGCAGGUGACUGCAGAGCUGGCCGAGCACCGGUGUCACCCAGUGGAGAGGGGCAUCAAGUCCAAGGAGGCUGAGGAAUACCGGCUGAAGGAGCACUAUCUCACGUUCGAGAAAACGCGUUAUGAGACCUAUAUCCACCUCCUGGCUGUGAAAAUCAAAGCGGGCUCAGAUGACCUGGAGCGGAUUGAGGCCCGGCUGGCCACGCUGGAAGGGGACGACCCUUCUCUCCGGAAGACACACUCGAGCCCUGCCCUUAGUCAGGGCCAUGGGCCUAUGACUGGCAGCAAAACCACAAAGGAGGCCACUGGACCUGAUACUUAGCUUGCAUAGAUUUGCAGGCCCCAGAGGCGGGCAAAUGUUCCCAGACAGUGAAUCAGAAAGGCUUAGCUAAGGACCUGUCUGGGAAGAAUAGAGACAUUUGCCACAUGCCGAUCACAGAUGAGCAUCUUUGAAGCCCUGCCUUCCUCAGACUGAUAGUGGGCGGAGUGAUGGCGCCCCGCGGCGCUAGGAUGAGCACCUCCUCUCUAUUGUUUAAGUAGAUGCCGUCGGGCCAGGGCCUGACGUCAGUAGUAACAUGCUUCCUUAAUGAAAUAAGCCAGCCUUGCACCUAAGUUUCUAACAUCUACAAGCCCACUCACGUUUGAUGCAAGGGGCGUUGGAGUACUUGGGGAGAUGUAGUGAUUUAAAUCCAAAUUAUUUAAGUUGGAUGAGUUGAAGUGUGUUUUAUAAGCAAACCAUCUGGCCCCUCCGUUUUGCUCAGAGGAAGUAAAUGUUCAUUUAAAUGAAA